UAAGAAAAAGAUGUGAAUGCAGAAAAAAGGGCUGUGAUUUUUUUUAGAGACAACUCAAAUAGGAACGUUUGAUUUUCUUUGAAAUAACUCUAUUAUUAUUAUACUUUAAAUUGAAAAAAUCUUAUGAAAAAUAUCAAAAGAUAUUGCAUAUUUACAAAAGCCUUGUCGUUUUUCAUACAAGAAAAAAAGGGCCUGUCGUUUUUCAUACAAGAAAAAAAGAGCCUUGUCGUUUUGGAAUUUCACAAAGGUUCGCGAGAUUAAACGACACGGAAUAGCUGAAAAGGGUAUAGGGUUUUUCUCCGAUAGGGAUACAAAAUCUUGAUAUUCGAAUCGCAAAAUUCACAAUCAAAUCACUAAUCUAAACCAUUAGCGACUGCAAUGGUCUGCGAGAAAUGUCAGAAGAAAUUAUCAAAGGUGAUAGUACCAGACAAAUGGAAAGAAGGAGCUAGCAAUACUACUGAGAAUGGUGGCCGCAAAAUCAACGAGAACAAACUCCUCUCCAAGAAGAACAGAUGGACCCCUUAUGGAACUACUAAGUGCAUCAUUUGCAAGCAGCAAAUGCACCAGGAUGGCAAGUAUUGUCACACUUGUGCCUACUCAAAAGGAGUUUGUGCGAUGUGUGGCAAACAAGUUCUUGACACCAAGUUUUAUAAGCAAAGCAAUGUGUAGGGAGGGAGUCUGCUUCAUUCUGCAUAUUCUUGGUGCAUGAUAGCAUUCCCUUUCUAUCCAAUAUGUGUUGCUAACACUGUAACUGAAGAUGUAAAAAAUAAAUACUGUGAGAAUGAGGGAGUCUUCUAUUGUGCCAUAUAUGUAAUUUACUGAUUGAAUGUUAACUCUUGAUCUAAAAUUUCUGCACCUUUGGCGUUAA